AUUAUACCAAAUUUUUUUACAGCCAACCUAAACCUAAUCUUGGAUUUUAUUAAUUCAUCCAAACCUAAAAGGUAACUAACUCACUCACUCACUCAGUAUUGUAUUAAGUAAGUCAUGGUUUACACCGUUUAACUCCUUUUUUUAACUAACUUCCCCAUCUAAAUUAACAAAAUAAUUUCUCUAAAACAUAAUUAAAAUCCAACAACCCUUCCCUCCAUUUUGUUCUUUCUUCCUCUUUCUAGCAGUCUCACUUGAUUACCUUCCCAUACACGCCUUCUUUAUUUUUUCUCACAUAAAUACCCAAAUUCUCCCAUUCCUCCUCUUCACAUUCCUCGCGCUUCCUCCCCGUUUACUUUUCCAGUUCCCUCUCCCACCAAAAAAAAAAAAAAGCGCCAUGUCCGCCGAUCUCGAUUCCCGGCCCAGCCUGCCCAAAAUUCGGGUCGGAAUCAGCCUCCGGGACACUCCCCAGCCUUCCACCAGCGGCGGCGAAGAAGAAGAAGGAGACGUUGUAAUUCUGAAUGAUAAUUCAGAUCGGAAUCCGGUGGAGAAGGAGAUCGUCAAUUCCAUCAGCAGCAGCGAGGAGGAGUGCCGGACGCCGAAAUCGUCGGAAUUCAAGAUCCCGGCGGUCCCGAGCUGCCCGCCGGCGCCGAGGAAGCCGAAGAGGAAGGCGAUCCCCUGCAAGCGGAAGCUGGAGCCGGAGCUCGACUUCUUCGACGCGGUCAAUCGGGAGGAAGUGGAAUCGUUCUUCCGAUCCGGUUUCCAUCUGGCCAAGCGGAUCCGCUGCCCCGAUCUCGUUUCCUUGUAAAAUCCCAAUCCAAAGUAAGAAGAAGAGCAGAGUAUAGAUCGCCGCCGGCCGAAAAGAACGGUGCCGUAUCGAGGAAUUCUCCCCCCUCCACUCUCUUACACGAAUUUCCUCCCCUUCUUUCUUUUCAGCUCCAGAAUUACACCGUUACUAUACCUUUUUCCCUGUAUAUGUUAUAUUAUCAAUAUAUAUUGUAUUAAAUAUUACACUCCUAAAAGUAAGCAAGGAUUGAAUCAAUGCAACAGUGUACUCCCCGGCCGGCGGCGAAUCUCCGGCCGUAUUGUUUUAACUGUUAUUACCAUCAUUAUUAUUUUCAAUUUUCUGAAUCGCGAAAAAUCGAGUGCCGUGAUUUUCUUUAUCGAUUGCGUGCAAGCAAUUCAAGAACUGGUUCCCCCGUUCCGUUUCCGUAAAGACUAGGAGCCAAGAGAUUACAGGUGGACAAGAUAAGAUGCCGGUUUCUGAUUAGUCAAAUUGGGAUCUCAACCUUUUUCUUUUAUUUUGGUAUUACGUGAGCUUGUGAGAUUGCGUCCGAUUGGCUCAACGAAUUUUUGUUAAUAAGCACGGAAGAGAAGAGGGGAUGUGGUAGUAGUAGAUGAGAGGUUGGUGGUGGGUGGAUGGAUGGAUGGAUGGGGGAUAAAAUUACUGUAAUUAAGGUGGGUGGUGACAAUGUCGAAUUAUAUUGUUUUCGAAAUUGGAAGAAUUGGAUAUCGAGUAAUUAUGGAUUGGAUUGACAGUUUCGAUUUUCAAUCGGAUAGAGAAACCAUGUAUUAGUGAACGUGUCAAAUCAGGAUCGAACGGUGGUGGUGAAAUGUAAUUGAUUAUCUUGCUCCUUGUAAUAGUUUUUUUUUUUUUCUUCUUGUUUUGUCUGUAGAGUUGGUUGGAGUGUAAUUAGGUGGUUAAUUAAUGGGAGUCAGAUUUGGGGUUUGAUCUUAUUCCCCUUUGUUUUAGUGUUUUUUUUUUUCUGAGUUAGACAGCAGCAUGAGAUGUUUGAGUGAUUGACAAGGCUUUGGGAUUGAUAAACUUUCAUUUUCUUUUUUUCCAACUCAUUUUUUUGUAUUUAACUUUUUUGCCUUCAUGUAUUUCAUAUAUUUUUUUCCCCAGAAUGUUAGAAUGAGAUAGAGAGGAGAGGACUUUGUUGUACAUAUCAAUGAGCCCCAAAAAUUAGGCAAUGUGCAUGGUAUGUCAUGUUCUGCCACAAUUUAAUGUGAUGUUUCUUUUGUCUCUUUCCCCCUCACUAAUGAAUUUCAAUAUUUCAUACAUCUACUUAAAUAUAUAUUCUUACUUUUUUUUUCCUUUCCUCCGGUUAAAUGUAAUAUUUCUACUCAAAUAUUACUCAUAAGGGAGCAAACGAAUACUACAAGUUCGAAAUUUCUUAGAUACGUCCUCGUUACUCAAUCGGAUGAGUCGUGAUCUAGCAUCAUUUGUACAAAAUACAUCAACUAGAGCAAUAUGGAUGAUGAGCUAAGAACAAUAGCGCGAAUACUUGCUCCAACCGUAUUGUAUAAAAGUCAAAUCAAAAUCUCACACAAAAAACAAAGUGUACAAUUACACACCAAAAAAAAAAAGCUGAACAAUUUUCGGUAAUUUACAUCGUUCAACUCUGUUGAUGACAUGUUCAUGUAUAGAAGCAUUGGAGGGGGGAAUCUUGGGGUAAUAUAUUUUUAAAAUUUCUAAAUAGAAACUAGGAGAAAAAAAAAUUGGAAUAAUUAGGAAUGCAAGAUGGAAACAGACCCAGAAGUUAAUGGCGACAAUCAAUCUUAUGGGCCACGCAACAUUUAGAGAGGUGGGAAAAAGAAAAAAAAAAAAAAAAAAAGAGGUCCAUGUGCCAAUUAUGUCAUCCGAAAUCCCAUUAUUAUUGUGGACGCAGCAGCAGCGGCACCGAUCAUCAUCAUCGUCAUCAAUUCAUUUCGCCUUCAAGACUGCAACUCAACCAAAUUAUCAGAACUAUAUUAUAAUAAUAAUAAUAAUAAUAAUAAUAAUAAUAAUAAUAAUAAUAAAUUGCU